GUACAAUUGAUUUGAGUGAGUGAUUUUCAUUGCAUUUUUUCCACCACGGCAUCUUAGACAUUCUAUUCUCCAUUGUUGGUUACUCUAUAUAUACACACAUGAAAAUGAAAAAGAUAUAAAGCAUACCGUAUUUAGAAGAAAAUAAGUACAGUAAUGGAAAUCUGGUUUAUCAUUGUGGUCACUCUUUGCAUAUCUUUCUUCCUCAAAUCCCUAUUUAAUCUUAUCAACUCCCCUGAUUCCAAAUGCAAGAAGAAACUCCCACCAGGACCCUACAGUUUUCCGGUGAUCGGCAGCUUAUUAUGGGCGGUAAGGACCUCAGCCGACUUGGAACGCAUUCUUCGUAACCUCAAGGCUAAGUAUGGUCCUCUCAUUACUCUCAAUAUGGGGUCUCGUUCUACCAUAUUCAUAGCUAGCCACUCCUUAGCCUACCAAGCUUUAGUCCAGCAAGGCGCUGUUUCCUCCGAUCGGCUCACCAGUGAAGUCCGCAACAUCAGCCUCUCCCCUUACGGCCCCGUAUGGCGUCUCUUCCGUCGAAACCUGACUUCAGAAAUACUCCACCCUUCUCGCAUUAAGUCCUAUUCCAAGGCCCGAUCAUGGGUGCUCAGUAUCCUCCUUCAACAGCUCCGUAAUGCACAAGUUGAUUCUGUGAAGUUAGUUGAUCAUUUUCAGUAUGCUACGUUCUGUCUUCUUGUCUUGAUGUGUUUUGGAGACAAGGUUGAGGAAGCUCAAAUCAAGCAAAUUGAAAGUAUACAACGCAGGUUCCUCCUAGCUCUCCGACGAUUCAAUAUACUCAAUUUAUUUCCUAUAGUUGGGAAAAUUAUUUUUAGGAAUCGCUGGAACGAACGCAUUGGACUACUACAAGAGCAAGAGAAGAUCUUCAUUCCUUUGAUUGAAACUCGAAGCAAGGCCAAAGAACAAAAGCCUGAGCAUGGUGAGUUGGAGGACGAAUUAGUGGUGGCUUAUGUGGAUACACUGUUGAAUUUAGAAUUGCCAGAGGAAAACAGGAAACUCAAUAAUGGAGAAAUGAUUAGCCUCUGUAGUGAAUUCCUAAUCGCUGGAACAGAUACGACGUCCACUGUGUUACAGUGGGUUAUGGCCAACUUGGUUAAAAACCCUUCCAUUCAAGAAAAACUAUAUCAAGAAAUUGCCAGUGUAGUGGGAAAAAAACAGAGGAAGUUGACAGAAGAGGAGGUGGUGAAGGAGGAAGAUUUGCAGAAAAUGCCCUACUUGAAAGCAGUGAUAUUGGAAGGUCUCAGGAGGCACCCUCCUGGCCACUUUGUGAUUCCACAUAUAGUGACUGAGGAAAUAGAACUGAACGGCUAUAUCGUCCCAAAGAAUGCAACCAUCAAUUUCAUGAUUGCUGACAUGGGUUUAGACCCAAAGGUGUGGGAGGAUCCCUUGGAAUUUAGGCCAGAGAGGUUCUUAGCGGAAGGAUCAGAUUUUGAUAUAACAGGAAGUAGAGAGAUCAAGAUGAUGCCAUUCGGUGCAGGGAGAAGAAUAUGUCCUGGUCUUGCGUUGGCUAUGCUUCACUUAGAAUACUUUGUGGGUAAUUUGGUUUGGCAUUUCCAAUGGAAGCCUGUGGAAGGAGAUGAUGUUGAUCUCUCAGAGAAGCUAGAAUUCACCGUUGUGAUGAAGAAUCCACUACGAGCUUGUAUCUGCCCGAGAGUUAACUCUGUUUGAAUUUAGUAAUUGGCUCUUUUUAUUUGCAUACUUCUCUGUUAAUGGACUGCUAUCCCAUUAGAAGUUAGAGGGGGAAUGUUGGUUGAUGCCCUGUUGCAAUAUCAACUCAGCUUGUUUGAAUGGUUGUUAUGUUUUUCUGCAUUGUAUUGACUUUAUAUACAAUAAUUAACUUUUAUUACUCGUAUCGUUAAA